GCCUCUCUUACAAAGAAUUUGAGUGAUAACCAUCCAAUUACGACUGAGUAUUUCAAGAAACAAGAAUUACCUCUGAUUCAUGAGUUUCAUAGUAUUCUUGGAGGUAAGAUUUCACAAGAGGAUUAUAAUAAUGCCCAAAAUGAUGCUAUACUCAAGAUAACCAAAGUUAAGAUUGAGCUAUUUACAGAAAUGGCAAUGCAUGACUUCAUUGAAAAGGCAAAGCAUGAUGGUAUUGCUAUAGCAGUACAUAGAUAUUUCAAGGCAAAUAAUCCUAAUAUAGGAAACGCAUUUGAUAUAUCUCAACUAACAAUAUGGAUCUCUUAG